UGGAAAUUUCUUAGCGACAAGUAUAUGAACUGGAAGCAAAGCCUUUCUAUUUGGCACGUAAACUUCAGGCGAAUAUCCAGUCCCUUCACUCAUUACUCGACUUCGACUUCGAUUUCCCGUUUCAUUCUUCCGCAUCCAAAACGUCAUGAUCUCUUGCUUCGAAGAUCUCCAGUAUUCAGACACCACAUCUCACUUACAACCAGAUUUCCAAACAACAAGCCCCGACCCCAGCAAUUCGCCAUGGCCGGCGCUUCGCCUGAAGAGAAGCUGAGCUACAUCAUGACCGUUCUCAAGAACACCGAGAUGCCAAAGCCGGACUAUCACGCUGUCGCACGAGAGGCUGGUGUCAGAGAUCCCAACACCGCCCAGAAGAAGUUCCGUGCGAUCGUCAAAGCCGCAGGCUUCGAUCUUGUUGACGGUCGUGUCGUCGGUGGAUCAGGUCAGGUUAGCGCAGACAUACCCGGUAACGCCCAGUCAAAGCCAGUCAAGAAGGCUGGUGGAAAAGGUGCUACUGGUGCAACAAGGAAGACGCCGGCCACCAAAAUUGGCACCGGCAAGACCACCAAGAAGAGAAAGAUCGAAGUCUCUGAUGAUGCUGAAGAUGAAGGAGGAGAUGCAGCUGUCAAGGAGGAGCUCGACGAUGAAGGCGAUGAGGCAUGAGCUGAGGACUGAAGAGACUGGAUGGCCUUGAGUCGGACAACAAUGUGCUACGGGCGAUCGCGUAGUCGCAGCAUUGGUGAUGGCUUGGAAAGGCGAGAUACGGAGACCAAGCACAAAUGAGGACUGAGAAUUGGUCAGCCAUCAUCACAACAAGGCGAGAACGUCGUUUCAAAUCCCCCGUGGCUACCUAGGUAGACUCGAAUGCAAUUCCGAGCGUACGGUAUCA